GAUCCAUCAGUUAAGGCCACAACUGACACACAUAGCACUAGCUUGCCAACCAGCUUUUAGUGCUUUACUUGGAUUGUGAUAACAUGAUAUAGUGUUGGGAGAUCUAAACAAAACCUGAAAUGCCUGAAAAAUUGGAUUACGUUACGACCCUGACACCUGAAAUCAUCGAGCGGGCUGAAAAAGAACUUGGAGAAGAUGAACAUCUCCGAACUCAAAGUGUUUUAGCUCUUCGCGAAUGGGCCAAGAAGCAACCUCAUUUACAGGCGAUGCCUUUAGACGCCAUAUUUCUGUUGAAAUUUUUGCGAGGAUGCAAAUACAGUUUGGAGAAGGCGAAGAAGAAAAUGGACCUGACAUUGACGUUGCGUUCUGCUUUGCCGGAAUUUUUUAGCGGAUGGGAUCCAAUGUCACCCGAAAAUCAGGAAGCCCUUAGCCUUGGAGGUUCUCUCCCACUACCUGGAUAUGAUCACCAAGGACGUAAGGUGGUGCUUAUCCGCCCUGCUGCGUACGAUCCGGCUAAAACGAAGAUUGAGAUCGUCCAACGGGCCAGUUUUAUGGUUUUUGAGAUUAUGGGAUCCGAGGAAGAGCAAAUGUUUAUCACCGGAAUGCUUCUCCUUUUCGAUCUGUCCAAUUUCGGAAUGAAUCACUUCACCGCGAUGCCACUGUCGACGGCCAAAAAGCUAAUGCCUUGUUGGGAGGAUGCCAAUCCGAUCCGCCCCAAAAGUAUGAACUACAUCCACACACCAUCCAUCUUUAAUUUGAUUACCAAUUUUAUGAACACCAUCAUGAAGGACAAAAUGAAACAGAGGAUGCGAGUACAUGGAGAGGACAUGGAAUCGCUUUACAAGGAAAUCUCCAAAGAUGUUCUGCCCAAAGAUUACGGUGGUGAAAAUUCGUCCAUUGCAGAGCUAACCGAUUACUGGAAGAAGAAAUGCGAGGAUAAUCGCGAUUUCCUCAUCGCGCAAUCCAAAAUGAAAUCGGACGAAUCCAAACGUCCAGGCCGGCCCAAAACAUCCGACGAACUAUUUGGGAUUGAAGGAUCAUUCCGAAAAUUAAACGUCGAUUAAACAACCAAAACGUUAAAUUAGACAUUGUGGUCCAUCUUUUGGGGUUUUUUAAAAAUAUUCUGAUACGCGAUUGUGCUGAAUAAUCGUCGAAUAAAACUUUGUGUGGUAACAACCCUCACUCACUGAUCUAAACG